GUUUAGGUUGGUUGGAGCACUGCUCGUGAUUAUUACACAUUCCUGUGGUCUCAAGUACCAGAAAAUUAUGCAGAAGGAGUUUCAUUUAAUCGUGUCAUAGUUUUCCAAGGUUAUUAUCUUCCAAAUGAUGAUGGAGAAUUUUAUCAGUUUUGCUAUGUAACUAACAAGGGAGAAAUCCGAGGAGCAAGCACACCUUUUCAGUUCCGUGUGCCGUCUCCCACAGAUGAUUUGCUGACCAUGGAAGAUGACACAAACUCUGACAUGCUGGUGGUAACAACAAAAACAAGUUUUCUUGAGCAAAAGAUUGAACUGCUACUGAAAGAAAAGGAGGAGAUGUUGAAAACUAAAUCUGAACUUGAAGAGGAAGUACUCCAAUUAGGUGAGCGAAUGGAAAAGAUUGAAAAAGAAAUCCAUCAUGAAAAAGAAGUCUGUGACCAAAUUAAAAAGGAUUACAAGGAUCUCUUCCAGAGUUCAGAAGCCUUAAAACUUGAGAAAGAAGACAUUGAGAAAAGAUUUAAGGAAGCAGUCGCAAAAAUUGCUCAACUUGAAGAAGAUAUCGUAACUGCAAACCAGAAAGCCAUUGUAAAGGAAACUGAAUUAGACAGCAUAAAGCACAAACUGAGGAGACUCAUUGUUGAAAAAGAGCAACUUGAAUUGCAGUUGAAGAAUGAAAAGGAUGAGAAAGAGCUUUACAAGGUCCAUGCAAAAAAUACAGAAAUUGAAAACACAAAGCUGGUUAUGGAGAUGCAGUCUGUUAAAAAUCUCGAUGCAAAUAAAGAAAACAUGCUGGCACAUUUCAAGGAAGAAGUGGGAAGGCUACAGCAAUGUUUGUCAGAAAAAGAAAAAUUGCAAAAGGAACUGUUAGUUAAUGCUUCUAACAUGGAUGAAGUAUCAGUUCUUCGUGAACGUUUGCGUAGAGCUGAGGAGCACGUACAAGCGAGUGAUCAGAAAAUUGCAUUGAUAGCUCAGGAGCUCGCUGAUGCUUCCAAUACACGUGACAAGACCAUGGGUGAUCUACAUAAUGCACGAAUAAAAAUUGAUUUGCUAAAAGAUGAACUUGCUGAAACUGAAAAGAAAUAUAAGGCAGAGAUGCAAAUGCUAAAAACUGCAUUAUCAAAAAAAGAAAAGGGUUCUUCAGUGGCUGACAAUACAGUGGAACAAGAGCUGCAUAAAGAAGUUGAAGAUUUAAAGCUAAGGUUGCAGAUGGCUGCAGAACAUUACAAAGAAAAAUACAAGGACUGCCAAAAACUGCAAAAGCAAGUUGUUAAAUUGACAGAGCAGUUGGAAGAGAAGAAAAAUGAAACAGUCUUGAAGAAGCAGAAACUAGCUGAUAAUGGGACAAACACUGAAUCGCCUCCAGUGGCAGCAGCUGACUUUUUUCAAGAUUCCUCUUCAGCCGUGCCAACUCCAUUCGACCAUACAUUUGAUCUCUUGGUGCAGACGCAAAUAAGUAAAAUGAACAAAGAAAUAAUGGAAAAAAAUGAGAAGUACAAAAAGUGCAAGCAGAUGUUGGCCGAAGAGAACGAAAGAAGCCAGGCUUUUGCUGAAGAACUGGUUUACAUCCAGCAAAAAUUAAAGCAGCAGUUAAAAAUAAACAGUGACCUUAAACAAGAAGCUGCAGAGGACAUUCAGUAUAAGGUUCUUCUUUCUGAGAAGGAGCAGGAAGUAAAGGAACUUAAAGCAAAAUUGGCAAUUGUUGACAAGGAGAAGGAAAUCCUGGAAGAGCUGAACAAGGAAUUUUCAAGGGAGAUAUGUAGGCAUGAUGAUGAAGAGCAAAGUUCACCAAGUUCAAAGCCUCAGGAUACACAGAUUUUACAAUAUCCAAAUCCAUAUUCUUCGGAUCCUUCUGUUGUACCUGUGAAACAUCCUGGACUAAAGUUUGGAAACCCUUAUGCAGAGCCUGGGAGAGGUGGGGCAGAUGGAGCACCUUAUCCUGAUGAGAUCCGUAGACUGCCUAAAGGGGUUCCCUCAUGGGGAUUGGACAGUACCGUGGUCUGUAGCCAACCUUCUCGCAACUUUGGUAGACCAGAUGGACUUGAAGACCCCAAUGAGCUUAUUAAUGCAAGUGCUAAUUGAUUUUCAUUUGAUCUU